CAUUUUUGCUCACGUUGGGAGUACGACGGGAUACAUUUUAACAUUUUUUUUACACUUUCCGCCAAGUCUUCUUUAAACAUAACCUUUUGUUUUAAAUAUACAUUAUAUUUUGGACCAUUCUUGCUGAAGAUCAUGAACCUCCAGUCAACUGAGAGCGAGAGCGAGAGUGAUCUCUGCCACCCAGGCGGUUCUAACUGCACGGCCGUGGUUAAGGAGUCCCUGAGUGCUGAGAACUAUAAGAUGCAGCACAUACCAUCCCAUGGGCCGACCCCCGUCCACCACAACGAAUUUGCACACCUGUUUCCUACUGUGGACGUCCCGGAUCACGCUCACUACGUUAUCGGGUCGGUCAUCCUCAUCGUGGGGAUCACAGGCGUAAUAGGAAAUGCGCUGGUCAUCUAUGUGUUCUGCCGUAGCCGCCCACUACGUACACCAGGGAACAUGUUGGUGGUCAACCUGGCUGUGUCUGACUUCUUCAUGUCACUCACUCAGCCGCCAGUGUUCUUUGUGGCCAGCCUUCACCGGCGUUGGGUGUUCAGCGAGCUUGCGUGUGAACUGUAUGCCUUCUGUGGUGCCCUCUUUGGGAUCUGCUCCAUGAUGACUCUAACAGCUAUAGCUGUCGACCGCUGCCUUGCCAUAACCUGGCCUCUUUCUUUGCUGGGACAGGUCAAUCAAGGCAGAGUUGGUACAGUGCUAGCCCUGGUAUGGCUCUAUGCUCUGGGCUGGAGUCUACCUCCUUUCUUCGGCUGGAGUGCGUAUGUUCCCGAGGGUCUCCAGACCUCCUGCUCUUGGGACUACAUGUCAUUCACGCCAUCGGUGCGCACCUACACCAUUCUUCUCUUCAUGUUCGUCUUCUUCAUCCCUCUGAGCAUCAUUGCUGCCUGUUACUUGGUCAUCUUCCGAGCUAUCCGAAAAACCCGGAGAGAGGUAAGACAGCUUGACUCCGGUGAAACACCUAAGGCGCUCGAAUGCAUCAAGACUGAAUGGAAAAUGGCUAAAGUGGCCCUCUUGGUCAUCUUACUAUUUGUGAUUUCCUGGUCACCUUACUCCGUGGUGGCUCUCACAGCCACAGCUGGCUAUGCUCAUGUCAUCACUCCUUAUAUGAACUCCAUCCCUGCAGUGAUCGCCAAGGCUUCUGCCAUCCACAACCCCAUAAUCUAUGCUAUUACACACCCUAAAUACAGACUAGCCAUUGUGCGCCAUGUUCCUCUUCUUCGCUUUAUCCUGUGUGUUGGAAUGAAUAAGCGCUCAUCCUCCAUCUUCACCAGUGACACCUCUUCUCAUCAGACAACCCUAACCAGCCAGCAUGCCCUGGGUGUCCGGAUUGGCAAUGCCACGCGUGCUAACUGCCGCUGGGGGAAGACAAGGCUGUCUUCUGCUUCUGACACCGAAUCCUGCUGGACAGACAGUGAGGCUGAUGGCUCCAGUACCAACUCGCUGCCUUUCGCCAGACGCGUGUCUACAGAGAUCUCUUCAGACACUGCCAUCCCUCCGGAGCAGGCUGGCACGAGCACAGGAAUUGGGCAGAAAAUGGUGAAGGUUGACAGAGUUAGCAGCAUUCCUCUGCCCUCCAUUAUUCUGGAACCAGACGGAGGAGUGCUUUCUAACACUAAAUCUUUUCUCCUAUCAGGUAACUGACCGAGGACUGCCACUGCCGGGCUUUGAUGGAUCGUUCUUUUUAAAACGUGCUUCACUGUAUAAACUCUAUGGUGUAUUAUUAAAGAUGGGUAAAAAGUACUCCAGUUCUUCCUCUUUUACCCAUGUACAAAUUUAAUCAUAUAUAAUUUCACUGAAUGUAUAGAAUUACAUUCUUUUCAGAAGCUUUAAUUCAUAUAUCUGUCCCGUGUACGCCGGUGUUUUCUUUAUAUAUAUAUAUUUAAAAACCUGAAUAAAACACUCGAGUUGAGAUCA